AUGAGCAAGAUUGUCGUAGCAUUCGAUCUCUACGGCACACUGCUGUCGACAGAGAGCAUUGCCAAAGAGCUAGCUUCACACUUUGGGCAGGAAAAAGCCGCCUCGGUCGCUGCGGUAUGGAGGAAAUAUCAAUUGGAAUAUACGUGGAGGUUGAACAGCAUGAAACAAUAUCAGGAUUUUUCAGAUGUGACCCGGAAAUCUCUCCAGCAUGCUCUGGCUGAGCACGGGCUGAGUCUCAACAGUGCUCAGAGUGACAAGCUCAUGGAAGCAUACGACUCCCUGUCGACCUUUCCAGAUGUCAACCCAGCACUGAAGCGCCUGGACAACAACCCCAACAUUAAAUGCGUCGUGUUCUCCAAUGGGACCCAGGCCAUGGUCUCCAGCUCCGUCACCAAAUCUAGUGAUCUCAAUUCUUCCGUGUUCAAGGACCUUGUAUCGGUGGAUGCAAUCAAAGUAUUCAAGCCCGCUCCCGAGGUUUAUCACUACCUGGCCCAGCAGGUCAACAAGGUGGGGGAAGAAGAUCAGUUGUGGCUGGUCUCAGGAAAUCCAUUUGAUGUGGUCGGUGCUCGCUCGAUUGGGAUGCAAGCUGCAUGGGUUGAUCGAGCAGGGAAUGGAUGGCAGGACAGCCUGGGUCUGGGCCCUACAGUAGUGGUGAGAAGUCUGGAGGAGGUUGCCGACGUGGUAGAGAAGCAUGCUGCUGGCUCCAAAUUGUGA